AUGAACAUGGAAAACGACUUGAAGGAAGAACUGAAUAGAAGAAUGAGAGCAGCAUGGGCAGCAUUCGCAGCCGUCAGGGAAGCUACGGACCAACUGACAGACCAAGAUCUUCGUGCCCAUCUUUUCGACUCGACAGUCCUUCCAUCGCUCUGUUACGCAGCGGAGACGUGGGCAGACACCGCGGCCACGUCUAGGAAGCUACUUACUACCCACAGAGCCCUUGAGAGAUGUCUCCUGAAGUUUAACCGGCCCACACAACACCUUGCCGGUCUUCGUAGCUCCGACUUAAGAGGAAUGUCCCGUCUUCGCGACCCAGCGGAAUAUGUAUCGAAAGCAAAACAUAGAUGGGCCGGUCACAUCAUGAGAAGAAUCGACGAUAGAUGGACUAAAAGAACGCUAGAGUGA